GUUCUAUAAAUACCCCUCCUUCCUCCCUUCUUCCCCCCUCCCUCCCAUUCAUCCUCCAGAGCCUCUGUCUCUCCACAUCGCUAUCUCUGCAAUGUCAGCUUGCAGGGCGGGCGACCCACGCAUCCAUGGCAUCCAAUCCAGUAUCCGCGUUGUCCCUGACUUCCCCAAACCUGGAAUAAUGUUCCAGGACAUCACUACACUGUUGCUUGAUCCCAAGGCCUUUAAGGAUGCCAUUGAUUUGUUCGUUGAGCGCUACAAAGGCAAAAACAUCACCAUUGUCGCAGGAAUUGAAGCCAGAGGCUUUAUAUUUGGUCCCCCAAUUGCUUUGGCUAUAGGGGCAAAAUUUGUUCCAUUGCGCAAACCAAAGAAACUCCCAGGGGAGGUUAUCCGACAAGAGUAUGAGCUAGAGUAUGGACGCGAUUGUCUCGAGAUGCACGUCGGAGCGGUGGGGCCCACGGACCGUGCCCUGGUGGUUGAUGACUUGGUUGCCACCGGCGGCACUCUUUGCGCCGCUAUGGAUUUAUUGGAACGUGCUGGUGCUGAGGUGAUUGAGUGUGCAUGUGUCAUUGAAAUUCCAGUCCUAAAGGGUCGAGAACGGUUGCAGGGAAAGCCAUUGUACGUUCUUAUCGAGACAUGAUAGAUGCCGGCCAUCCAGACACUUUGGAAUGAGAGUCUGUAAUGUAACUAGAAGGCUAUUUGUUCAUGUUUGUGUAAACACCUUAUUUUACAGAGUUAAUUUUAUUUUAAUUUUAAAAAAAUAUAUUACAGAAUUCAUUUACUUCUUGUCUUUGUUAAUGACUCAACUGAAUCAUAAGCUCAAUUCUUUACUUGAAAGCUCAUGAUUGAUUAUAUACUCUAACAUGCCCUCAAAUGAGUAUUAUUACACGUGAUUAUUAUUAUUUUUAGUUUAAAUCUUACACAUGAAUAUUAUUUUUUUUUAAGAAAGAGAUGAUAGUGAG